AUGUGCAACGACUCAGGGGAAGGCGGGUACGAUGAGCAGGCGUGGAUCCGUGCUGAAGCCAGGAGACGAUUUGAGGAGAACCGUUCGUUAGCGCCUGCAUCUGCAAUUGAAGAAGCCGUACGCCAAGGCCACAACCAGGUAGAUGUGGCGUUGCACUACAAGAUUUGCUAUCCCCGCCCUCAAUAUGUGGACCCAUGCACUUUGGGUGGCGAAAGCAACUUUCAGCGUCAAUCUUCGCGAGCCAAUACGAAACUUGGACGUUUGCACAAGAGUAAAGUGCAGCGUCAAUUUCAACCCCGCGGACGCUCAUAA